AUGGUAUGGAUAGGUGGUGGAAUGGAUCCACAGAUAGGUGGCGGCGGAGGAGGAGGAGGAGGAGGCGGCGGUGGCGGCGGCGGCGGAGGAGGAGGAGAUCCGAUCAUGGAAAAUGUUCGCCACGGACGCUUCUCUACUAAAUCCGGCGGUAGUCUUGGUCGCAGUAGCGGCGCCGGUAGCGGUCGCUCUUCCAGAGCUGGUCGCCCUUCAGGUGGCAGUCGCUCUAGGGGUGGGAUGUAG